AUGUCAGAGUUGAAGAAGCUAGAAGAAAUACAGAAAUUGGAAAGAGCCCAUGAGGAAAGAGAAAUGGGGCGACAACGACAAGUUGAAGAAAUGGAGCGACAACGACAAGUUGAAGAAAUGGAGCGACAACGACAAGUUGAAGAAAUGGAGCGACAACGACGAAUGGAAGCUAAAGAACUAGAGCGACAGAAGCAACUGCUGACAGUGAGAGCUGAGCUUCAGAGCUUGUUGAGUCUGCUUCAGUGUGUGGCAGUCAACAGUCAAGCCGCCCUAGUAAUCGAUCUGAAACCAAGUGAAAAACUUCAUGAUAUUAUCAAAGAUUCUUUUGAAAUCGAAAAUUAUGGCGUGUCCCUAGUAGAAGAUGACAAUGUGAAAUCAGUUGAAGACGAAAAAGCCCUCAAGAUUUUAGAAGAUACGACCAAAAAAGUAGGGGAUAGGUAUGAAUCCGGCCUACUAUGGAAUUUAGAAGACUUUAUAUAUCCACUGAGCUAUGAAAAUGCGCUGAAAAGGCUUAAGGGUAUUGAAAUGAAGAUGGCAAGAGACGAAAACUUUCAUAACAAAUACAAAGCCAAGAUCACUGACUAUGAAGAAAAAGGUUACAUCAGAAAACUACGUGAUGACGAAGCUAAUGUUAUAAAUUACCGGACGUAUUAUCUGCCUCAUUUUGGGGUAAUAAAUCCAAACAAACCUGACAAACUGAGGUUAGUAUUUGACGCAGCUGCUAAAGCGAAUGGUUGGUCAUUCAAUGAUGGUUUGCUUAGUGGUCCUGACCUUUUGAACCCUCUGCCAGCAGUACUUCUCAAAUUCAGAUUAAGAAAAUUUGCGAUCGCAGGUGACAUACAAGAAAUGUUUCAUCAAGUACGUAUCAGAAAAGAAGAUGUCGAUUCGCAAAGGUUUCUAUGGAGAGAAGAUCCGAACAACGAACCAGAUACCUAUAUCAUGGAAGCAAUGAUAUUUGGAUCAACGUGUUCCCCGAGUACUGCCUUGUAUGUUGUAAACAGCAACGCCAAGAGGUUUCUACAAAUUUACCCAGAAGCAAGUAAAGCGAUCCUCUGCAGUGAAUACAUGGACGAUCUACUAGACUACAGAAGAAGAAGCUAG